AUGUUCCUAGUGGGCCAGGAAUUGACUUUCUACACAGAAGUUUUCUUUGUGGGACGCAAGCCCAAGCUCAUUGACCUGACCAUUACCCACUUAGCUAUAAUCCAUAUGAUGAUACUCCUCACCAUGGGGUUCUUGGUGUCUACCGACAUUUGGGGACAUGGGAUAUCCCGUGACUUCAACUGUAGAGUGAUUGUCUUCCUUAACAAAGUACUGAGGGGACUUAUUUGUACCACCUGCCUCUUGAGUGUGCUUCAGGCUAUCACCAUCAGCCCCAGUAGCUCCUGGUUGGCUAAAGUCAAAUUUAAAUCUCCAAAUUCCAUUUCUCUUCUUGUGGGUCCUGAACAUAUCCAUCUCUGCCCAGAGAAAAGGGCUACUCGGACAAUUAUGCUGCUGAUGAGUUGUUUUGUGAUCAUAUAUUGUGUGGACUUCAUCAUUUCAUUUUCCAUGGGCAAGACAUGGACAAAUGACCCAAUCUUGGUAUGUAUCCAGAUGCUCAUGGCCAAUGGCCGUGGCAUAGUCAGUCCUUUGGUGCUAAUCAGUGAAUUUUCUCUCUGA